AUUCAAAAGGCCAAAGUAAAUGGAUGCUAGUUCUCUCUUUUUCCUCUGGAAGAAACUCAUAAUGUUGAUUGUAGUCGCUGCUUUUGCUUCAUUUGUGUUUGGCAUUGCAGUUGAAGCAGAUAUUGUUUGUCAAGGAAAGUGUGAAGACAUUCCUGAUUGUGAUGGCUUCUGCAAGAGAGUUGGUUUUAACUCUGGGCAUUGUUUUCCACCACUUUAUCAGUAUUGUUGCUGCCAAAGUGGAUAAAAUAAUAGCCUUUUUCUCUAAGCUGUAUCCAAGUAAA